AUGGUUGAUUAUCAUUUAGUAGUAUUGGUUCAUGGUCUUUGGGGAAACCCUGAGCAUAUGAAAUAUCUUAGAUCUCAGAUCGAAGCCCAAGCAAACGAUAAAGAACAGAUUUAUUGUUAUGUCACCGGGUCACAUUCGGGAUUCUUAACUUAUGAUGGUAUUGAUGUCAAUGGGAAAAGAAUUUCUGACGAAAUCUUAGCCGUUACCAAGGAAUUAUCUUAUGAAAAGGAUAAGGUGGUAAAAUUCUCAAUGGUUGGGUAUUCUUUGGGAGGGUUGAUAUCUCGUUAUGCUGUGGGAUAUUUACAUUCCCAAGGUUAUUUUGAAGAAAUUAUUCCUUUGAACUUUACUACGUUUUGCACACCUCAUGUUGGAGCUUUAAAUCCAGGUACUAGUUGGGGUAAUAAAAUAUUUAAUUUCUGCGUGCCUUAUAUUUUAGCUCAAACUGGAACCCAAAUGUUUUUAGCUGAUGGUAGUAAGGAUAGAUUACCAUUGUUGGUUUGGAUGUCAGAUUCCAGAUCAGCUUUCUUCAAAGGGUUGAGCUCAUUUAAGAACAAAAACCUUUAUGCCAAUAUCAUCAACGACAAAAGAACUCCUUAUUUCACAGCUUCAAUUUCUUUACAAGAUCCAUUCAAGUCCAUGGUCAAUGAGAAUGCCAGUGCUUAUUCUUUAGAAUUCAUUGAAGGUUAUGAACCUAAUGUCAUUGAUAUUACGAAACCCAUUGAAUUCCAACUGCAAGAACCUCAAACUACCCUUGAAAGAGGUAGAAAAUCAGUGGGCCGGAAACUCAAUUGGUUCAAAAUUAUAACUAAAGCCAUUUUGUUUACACCAGUAUGGUUCUUAUGGAUCUUGGGUAAUUCAAUAUUACAAAUAAUAAGAAAUCGUAAAAGAGUUGGAGAAUUCUUGAAAGCUAACGAUAUUCUGUAUUUACAUCAUGAACAGGAUGCCCCUGUUCAUAAUUUGGAAUCAGACAUCUCCAAUAACUUUAAAGAUACCACCGAUUCAUUUGUGGAAUCAAUCUUUGAUGCCAUGAAUAGUGAUAGUUAUAAAAAUUAUCAUAGUUAUCGUACCAAAGCCAGUCCAUCAGCUUCUACUGAAUCUUUAGAUUCAAAACUUUCACUAGUCAACUUGAAGGGUCAGAUCGAAGAUUUUAAUCUUGCUUUAGUUAACUUACAAAAAGUAGUGAUCAAUAACUUGAAUUCUUUGAAAUGGAAUAAGUUCCCUGUGUUGAUCAGGAAUACGAAACAAACUCAUAGAGCUGCUAUUGUUAGAAUGCCCGAUCCCAAAUUUGAUGAAGGGAAAGUCGUGGUACGUCAUUUUAUGAACGAAGUAUUCGAAUUUUAA